AUGUGGUUUCUGCUCAUUUGCUUACAAGUACCAGCUCUACAAGCACAGGAACGGAUCGCUCUAAAGGACUCAGACAGCCCGUGCAAGGGCCGUCUAGAGGUGUACCACCAGAACCAGUGGGGCUUGAUUGGCUUCCAUGAGUGGCACAACAAAAAUGGUGAGGUUGCCUGCAGGUCUCUGGGUUGUGGGUCACACCGGAGCUCUGGCUAUGCCGAAUUCAGGUACCCCCCUAACCGAGCCAUGGUCUUUUGGAUGGAUAAGGUGAACUGCACCGGAGUGGAGAAGAGUCUUUGGGAAUGCAAAUUCCUUGGGUGGAACGCCACUCAGUGGCAACCCAACAAUUACAUCGUGGUUGAAUGCUCAGGGCCCAUUACUCUGACUUUAAAUCACAAUGGAAAGAACAACACAUGUGCUGGAGUGGUUCAGUUUCAAGUACCGCCAUUCAUAGUCAGUGUGUGUAAUAGAGACUGGGAUGAAAGCAGAGCAGAUAUGGUGUGCAGAGAGCAUCAGUGCGGAAGAUAUCACAAGAUCCCCAAAACCGGAACGUUUCAUGUAGACCGGGCAUCACACUAUGUACCUCUCAGCUGUGUUGGUGGAGAGAGCUUCUCCUGGCAGUGUGUGAACUGGGUAUCCCCGAGGCCAAAUACAUGUCACGAAGAAGCCGGUGUCAUCUGCUCAGAACAUGUCAGUGUCCGUCUGCAUGGCGGUGCAGAUGUUUGCAAUGGCACCCUGGAGGAGUAUAACAGCACUGAGUCCUCGUGGGCUCCUGUAAAAUAUACAGAGGAUAUCUACAAGAGGGCUGAAGACAUAUGCUCUAUGCUGAUGUGUGGUAAAUCUGUCAGCGUGAAACCAUAUAAUGAAACCAACAACAUCUGGCUAACAUGCUCAGAUCGUAUUAACGUGGAGCUGGUGAGAGCGCAACGGCCCUCGCAGUGUCACGGGGAGAUCUACGUCCGCGUAAACGGUUCCGGACGCGCGGUGUGCUUUGACGGCAUGGACGCGGAGGAACACAGGAAGACCGGGGACGUGGUGUGCCGGGAGCUCCGCUGCGGGAAACUGCUCGAGGCAAGCGAAGGAAACGGAACGGAGCGCGGCUUACUCAGUCACGUGGACUGCCACGGGAACGAAGGCUCGCUGUGGGAAUGCCUGCGCAAACACAAUACCGGGCCCUUUUGCAAAACCAUCAAAGUCACUUGCGCAGACAGCCUGGACGUGCGCCUUGAGGAUGGACUGGACAGAUGCGCAGGCCGACUGGAGGUGCGGUUCGAGGGGUCGUGGUGGCGCGCUACAGACUGGAGUAACGAUAACUCAGACGUGGUGUGUCGCCAUCUCAACUGUGGCAAAUCGUUCAUUACUGAAGAGAAUAUCUUCGUCAACGGCAAACUCCCUGUGCUGAAAUGGAAAAUGCAUUGCGAGAACGCAUCCACCCCCAUGUCACAGUGCUUCUGGAACAAAACAGACAGCCAACUUGCUUUAAAGAACACCGUCGAUAUCAUCUGCACAAGGGCAGAGAUUUGGUUCCUUCAGGGCAACUCGUCGUGUGAGGGAAGAGUGAACGUGGAAGCUGCCGGGAAAAGUCGUUUGUUAACCACAGAAGACACGUGGAAUAACGAAACAGCGACGAAAGUCUGCAAGCGACUGCUCUGCGGAGGCGUGCGAUCGUUCACUCCCGAGAGCAGCGCUCGCCAUGACUCAGACUCCCGAAACUGUUCCGCAGACACAUGCCCUAAAGAGAUUAGUGUCAGCUGCUCAGGUUCCAUGGAAGUACGCUUGGAGAACAAUAAAAAGGAGCGCUGCUGGGGAAAGCUGGAGGUGUGCACGGGCGGUAAGUGCGGAGGUGUGUGCAGGGUCACCUGGAAGCAAAGUUAUUCCAAAACCCUCUGUCGGCACCUGGGCUGCGGCGAUGUGAUGGGCGAGUUCGACGGCCCCUUAGACUCGAACGUGACCGUGGGCAGCGUGCACUGCCCGGAGAGUGCGCAGAACCUCAGUCAGUGCAACUUCGUGUUCAUGAGCGAGGCCUCCGACUGCCAGACACCGGCCUACAUUGCCUGUGCAGGCAGUGCAAAGGCAGCGCUGCUUCACCACAGGGAUGAAUGUGCUGGACGAGCUGAGAUUUUUCACCUCGGACAGUGGAGACCCCUUUGCAAAAUCGUUUCCAAGCAAACCCAGAAUGCACUUUGCACAAGCGUUGGCUGUGGAGAGUCUGUGAGCGUCGAGGCGGACGGUUCUAAUGCGCUAGGACUAUUGCACGUCAACUGCAGAGACAGUAAUAUUUCCAACUGUGAUUUCCCUCGUGCAAAAGUGCAGGAAUGCGCUCUUGGACAUCUCACGUGUGCAAACUGGUCCAGGUUGCUUCUCACCAGCCCUGUCUCUGCAUGCGCCGGAUCCGUGUUCAUGCUGAGCGGCGGUUUUCUCCACACCCUGAGCAACCAGAGCUGGGCUGAGCGGGAGAGUGCCUCGCUCUGCAACAACCUGCAGUGCGGGACCAACGGCACCGCCACGGUGGACCUCAUGCACAGACUCCUGUGGGAGCGGAGCCACAAGUGCUCCAAAAAGGUCGGGGGCAUCUGGGACUGUGAGCUCAAAGGGCAUCGACAAAGUUCCAUGAACCGCCAGCAUUUGAAAAUCACAUGCAAGGACGAGCCUUCAGUGAGCCUUCUCGAGAACUGCAAGGGUCAGAUACGUAUCAACCAGAGCAUAGGUGUGUGUAAGGACUCCCAGCGGACCGAGGGAGUCUUCAGGGAGCUCUGCCAGCAGCUGGGCUGUGGCACGUACCUUAGCAGCUGGGCCACCAGCAGAGAGGGCCCAGUCCUCCAGUUCAGCUGUACCGGCUUGGAGAACCGCCUUUGGCAGUGCAGCUCAAGGCCGGCCGAGUGCAGCCAGGUCAUUUCGGUGGCCUGCUCGGAGAGCAUUGAGUUCCAGUUCGCGGGAAAAUGCGGCGGUGAGCUUCAGGUGCGCUACCGAGGAUCCUGGGAACCUGUCUGCACUCUCCGGCUCGAGGAUGCUCACGUGAUAUGUCAGGAGCUGGAGUGUGGGAAAGCUCUGGACAGUAAAGCAGGCACUAGUAGUGGCACUAGAAUAGAUGCGUCAUUCAGCUGUGGCCACCAGCAGCUUCCUAGACACUGCGUCCAGGCUGGAUCCUCCUGCCGAGAGGGACCUGCUACAGUCAUUUGUGAAAAAUUUUCCUUGGAGGAGAAAAGCUUUCUUACCGUGGGUCUAUCCGUGGGACUCGGGCUGAUGCUGGUCUCCAUGGCGAUUGUGUUCUGGCAGCGAAAACGCUUGAUCCAUAUCUUAAGAUUACGGCCUCCUGGUAGAGACGUGGAGAUCAACGGCGAUGAAAUUAGCAGGGUUUUCAAACUAGAUUUGCCUGGUAGAAAGUCAUCAGCGUAUGAAAUGGAGAACUACGACUAUGUGGAUCCGUCCAGGAGCCCCGAGGAAGACAGCGAGUCCGAAAGUCGAGGUGAAGACGAGAACGACAGUUCAAGUGGAGACUCUUAUGGGACUGAUUACGACGACGUGGAUGAAGCUAACGUCAAACCGCUGCUUGCAGGUCGCAACGGCCCCGCCACUCCGCUCCUGCCCCCCAGACCUGCUAACUUAACGGGCGAGGAGGCUUACGAGGGGAAGCUCGACGUGAAGGAGGACGAUGAUGACGUCAUGGCUGCGCACACCGUGGUCGGUGGUGGAGAACGUGCGCCCUCACCGCCUGGCCCUGUGGCAGUGGUGGGCCCUGACGAUCAGACCCAGCCGCAGGGGGCAAGGGAGCAGAAAUGACUUUCACGUCAUUCGCAGAGAAAUUUGACAGAGAAAUGAAAAGAAAGCGGUAGUAUAACUUCAAAGGUCAAUUCAUCUGAAAACUAGGCUUGUUAAUGCUACAGCAGGGUGCUGUAGCCUCUUUGAUGUUAGCAGGAUACUGUAACGUGUUUGAUGUUAGCAGGAUGCUAUAGCUUGUUUUAUGGUGCCUUUUGAUUUUUAAUGCUAUCCCCUUCGCUGUAGACUUCUUGUUGGGGGUUUUUUUUUGUGUGAUUUUUUUUUACAUUUCCCUGUCAUAAACACAGUGCUCUAGCUGUGGUCUACAUGGGUGCUUUCUGCUCUCUGAUGGUCCCCCUCAGAACAGUUUUGGAACAGUGGAGCGCAUUGUAAGCACUGAUUGCUGCAGUUAACUAUGAAGGUUAAACAAGGCUUUCGGCUGACAGAAAAGCAAUAGCAACAAUCACAAGCACCCAGAAACAUCUGCAUUCAGUUCUAAAUGAAAUUGUCCAGACCUUGUAUACCUCAAGACGUUUGGGAUUCAGACUAGGGCAAGAAUAACAGCCAGAUUAACAGUGACAAGCUGCAUUAUCACUUAGUACUCAGUCACAAAGUUCAACUCCCCAUAUCUGGUAAUGUGUCACACACGUCAAAUGAUUAUGAAUCACUGAACAGUGGAAAAGGCUGAACUCUAAUAGCAUCGAAGGUGAUCUGUCAUGGAUGUGUGUGUUUAUUAUGGGUAGCUUACACUCAUUCAUACUCACUGUAUCUAUGUCAUCCAUUUAAUAUACCCCUCCUGCCCUUCUCUUUCUCUCUCUCUCACACACACACACAGUUUUUGUUGUGCUGAAAUGCUCAAAUUUUAAUUAGUCUAGAAGGUUAAACAAUCUAAUAAAAGCAAUUGUGUGUCCUACAUUUCCAUCAGGGUUAAAUAAACUCCAGCAAUUUUACACUGCACAGACAAUACAUAUAUAAUUAUAAUUAUAAUAUUAUGUAAUAUUAUUAUAAUAUGUAAUAAGUGAAAUGUGAUUGAAGUUUGACAUACUGUACUUUAUGUUCUAAAUAUAACUAUUACAUUUCAUUAUUUCUGUGAUAUUUUUAGCAUUUUGCUCACAUAUUAUGGAUAGUGUUUUUUAAAAUUCAUU